AUGGUGACAUCAUCAUCAUCGUUGUCGUUUCUUCUCCUUUCAACUCUGCUAGCACCCACCAUUGUUCUUCUUCUUCAAUCUAACGUUUUACAUGCAAACCCAGAUGCUUACUUUCACACUUGUCUCUCAAACAAGCGAUGGAAAAACCCAUCAGCUCCUGUUAGCGUGACCGGAGCGCUAUACACCAGAGACAACUCAUCCUUUUCCGACAUCCUCAGCCUCCACACCCGCAACAAGAGGUUCAACAGACCAUACACGCCCAAACCCAUCGCCAUCAUAACCCCUUUUCACGAAUCGCACAUUCAGGCGGCGGUUGUAUGCUCCAAAGCCAGCAACUUUCAACUCAGAAUCCGAAGCGGCGGCCAUGACUACGAAGGCUACUCCUACGUAUCAGAUGUUCCCUUCGUUCUUCUCGACAUGUACACUUUUAAAUCCAUUCACGUCAACAUUCAAAAUGCCACCGCUUUGGUUGAGGCCGGCGCAUCACUUGGCCAGCUUUAUUACAAAGUCGCGCAGAACAGCCACGUUCACGGCGUUCCUGGCGGAAUCUGUCCGUCCGUCGGCACCGGCGGCCACUUCGGCGGCGGUGGCUAUGGCAACCUCAUGAGAAAAUACGGUCUCGCCGUAGACAAUAUAAUUGAUGCAAAAAUCGUGGAUGUAAAUGGUCAUAUCCUUGACAGAAAAUCAAUGGGGGAGGAUCUGUUCUGGGCCAUAAGAGGAGGUGGAGGUGCCAGUUUCGGCGUGAUUCUCUCGUGGACAAUGAAGCUGGUGGAAGUACCUCCAGUGGUGACGGUGUUCAGGUUGAACAGGACCUUGGAACAAGGCGGCUCGGACCUUGUUUACAAGUGGCAACAUGUUGCACCGAAGCUCCACAGGGAUAUUUUCAUCAGACUCCAGAUCGAGGUGCGUCAGAAGACGGUUCGAGUUUCCUUCGUCUGCGAGUUCUUGGGACGAGUCGAUAGACUUCUGAGUUUGAUGGAAAAAAGUUUUCCAGAACUGGGAUUAACCAAAAGUGAUUGCUUUGAAUUGCCUUGGGUCAACAGCACUCUCUUCUUUGCAGAGUACCCAAUCGGAACAGUAGCAGAAGCGUUGUUAUACGAAUCAUCAAAACCUGCUGAGUCCUAUUUUAAGGGCAAAUCAGAUUAUGUGCAGAAAGUUAUUUCAAAAGAGGGUUUGCAAUCUGUAUGGAAAAAGUUCAUCGAGAGUGAGGUAAUGAUCAUGGAAUGGAACCCCUAUGGUGGAAGAAUGUGGGACAUUCCAGCUUCGGCUACUCCGUUUCCUCAUAGAACAGGGAACUUGUUCCAGAUUCAGUACAUGAUAACUUGGUAUCAAGAUGGAGAAGAUACCAUUAAUCAUAACUUGAAUAUUUUAAGGUCCAUGUAUAAGAUUAUGACUCCUUUUGUUUCGAAAUCGCCAAGACAGGCUUACCUUAACUACAGGGACAGAGAUAUUGGAGCCAAUCCAAGCAAUGGAACAACCAACGUUGACGCCGCUCGAAUUUAUGGAGCCAAGUUUUUCAAAGAGAAUUUUGAUAAACUGGUGCAGGUCAAAACCAAAGUUGACCCUGAGAACUUCUUUAGAUAUGAACAGAGUAUACCACCUCACAAAUAUUAA